AGAUUCUUUUAGAUUUGAUUUCAUUUUUCUCUUCUUUUAUUCUUUAUUCAAGAAAUAAAAUCCACUUAUGCCCGUUUUUAGCCAUUUUGCCAAUAAAGUCAAGAGCAAGUUCAGAGAGAAAAUCAGUAGUGUGGUUCAAUCUGGAGAAGAUGAUGAAAAUGAAAGAGAAGAAGAGUAUUUAGCAGAGGGCCAUCGUUUUGAUUCCUUUGCACCCAUUCGUCAAGAAGCUAUGGUCAAGUACUUUAUUGAUGGCCAUGAUUACUGCUGGGCUGUAUCAGAAGCAAUAGAAAGUGCCCAGGAAGUCAUCUACAUUGAAGACUGGUGGUUGUCUCCCGAAUUGUACUUGAGAAGACCACCAGCCAAAUAUCCUGAAUAUCGAAUUGAUCAGCUAUUAAAACGAAAGGCAGAACAAGGCGUUAUGAUUUACAUUGUUGUCUAUAAGGAAGUAGAAUUGGCUUUAACUCUGGAUAGUGCUCAUACUAAGAAAGCUUUGCAAGAUAUGCAUGAAAAUAUUGUGGUCCAAAGACAUCCUGAUCACGCUGUAGGCGGUACCUUUUUUUGGUCUCAUCAUGAGAAAUUUGUUGUGGUCGACAACAGGAUUGCAUUUUUAGGCGGUAUUGAUUUAUGUUACGGACGUUGGGAUACGCAUGCGCAUAGAUUAGCCGAUUUCAAUACGGCUGACCCAAGUAUGGAGAUUUAUCCAGGUCAGGAUUACAGUGAUGCGCGUUUAAGAGAUUUUGAGCAAGUUAAAGAAUGGGAUAUGAGACUGAUCGAUAAAACCGUGAUACCUCGUAUGCCUUGGCAUGAUAUUUCGCUCUGUAUGCUCGGCCAACCCGUUUUGGAUGUCGCACGUCAUUUCUGUGACCGAUGGAAUUUCGUCAAACAAUCCAAAUCAUUGGAUAAGCAAAAGGCUCCCUUCUUAAAGCCCCCACUCGGUGGUUAUAGUAGCUAUCAAAGCUUCAAGAUCCCACUUGAGAGCAGAUUGUUGAGAUCAUACCACUUUGAGCACCAGACCUCGGGUAUACAUGGUUCAUGUAAAGUACAGGUGCUUCGUAGUAGUGCUGAAUGGAGUUCAGGUGUUCCAUUGGAGCAUUCCAUUCAAAAUGCUUACAUUGAAGUCAUCCGUCAAGCACAACACUAUGUUUACAUUGAAAACCAAUUUUUUAUUACUGCCACUGAAAAGGGUGAUGAAGAUAUCGUCAAAAACCAAAUUGGUGCUGCCAUCGUCGACCGUAUCAUCAAGGCGCAUCAAGAUCAAGAGAAAUUCAAGGUAUUUGUCUUAAUUCCCUUGAUGCCCGCCUUCCCAGCCGAAUUAAGCACCAAAGAUGCAGCUACCGCCAGACUAAUCAUGUACUACCAGUACAUCUCAAUUUGCAGUGGCCAAAAGAGUAUAAUGGAAAAACUGAAGAGUGCUGGUAUCGAGCCCGAUGAAUAUAUUCGAUUCUAUAGUCUCCGAAGCUAUGACCGCAUCAACCGUCCUACAAUGGAAGAGACCUUGGCCCGUGAUGCAGGAUUUACUCCCCACAAGGCUGGUAGACCCUUGUUAGAGAAUGAACAAGAGGAAAGACCUGUGCCUCCUGCAGGAUUUGUCAUGCCAGGACAAAGAAAGUCCUACCAAUCAGUGGCGUCCGAUACCAUUGCUCCUGAUGCCAUGUCCAAUCAUCGUCAUUCUGUGCUGGAUGAGCCUUGGGUAAAUGAUGGAGCGAUGCAGACACCUCGCGAUGAAGCUGCUGAGAAACAAGAAGUCAGUGAUUACGUGACGGAAGAGCUGUACAUCCAUGCUAAAUUAUUGAUCGCCGAUGACCGUGUGGUAAUUAUGGGAUCAGCCAAUCUGAAUGACAGAUCACAGUGUGGUGAUCGUGAUUCUGAAAUUGCAAUGAUUACAGAAGAUAAAGAUAUGAUUCCGUCUCGCAUGAACGGUGAGCCUUAUCAAGCGAGUAGAUUUGCUGCUACACUUCGUCGACAGUUGUGGAAAGAGCAUUUGGGUUUGAUUGAUGAGGAGGAAAUUGACGUCGUUACGGAUGCCAUGUUACCUUUGCCUGUUCCUCAAUUAGAUUUUACGCAAACCAAGGAGGAUCAUUGGGUGAUGGAUCCAUUGGACGAUGAUACCUUGAUUCGUUGGAACAACACGGCUGCUACAAACACGAAGGCUUUCCGUGAAGUGUUCCAUUGUGUACCCGAUGACACAAUUGUUUCAUGGAGCGAAUAUCAUAAAUUCUACCCUGAUCCCGAGAAGAUCAAUUUAGGCCAUGUUCAUGAUCCCGAUAUGCCAGUGCAUGAAGUGCGACAACAUUUAGACACAGUUCGUGGUCAUCUCGUAGAAUUCCCCACGAAAUUCCUAUCGUUUGAAGAUCUUCAAGGAGAAGCUAUUCCCUUUGUCGGAGCAGCCAUGCAAGAGUUAUACACCUAAAUUUAUUAAAACACUCCCAUUUAUACUUUUAAAUAAUAUACUUUUCUGCCUAAUCAACUGAAAUUUUUGAUAACCAUACUCGAGAUAAUGCCUGUAAUACAUGUACAAUUGUAACACCUUGAUGGUUUUAUCAAUCUUAACCGCCAAUUACUCCACGUACUGUUACAUUUUUUUAGGCAUGGAACUGAACCUCAUUUUUUCCAUUGAGUAUUCUUUCCGCGUCUGCGCUGGUGAGCUUAUUUGGUGAUUUCAGAUUUUUUUUUUUUUUUAAAAAGAUUCGUCUCUGAUUCGUCCAAAAAAAACAGACA